AUGGACCCCCUCUUGUCCCAAAGCAUCCUAGAACUUAUAAUAGACGCCAUUAGCUCAUGGACGGACAGAUACCGCUCUACCCGAGCUCUAACAUCCUGUAGCCUCGCUUCACGCAGCCUCCUCCCACGAUCCCGCUUCCAUCUUUUCCGUAUCAUCCGAUUUAACGACGCAAAACGAUUCAGCACAUUCCAAGAAAUAUCUCCCCAGAUAGGGGCGUUGAUCCGCGUUCUCGACGUCUAUAAUGACUCGGGAUGGGUGACCUCGCUAAGCGCGGUAUGCGCCCAUAUGAACAACCUCGAGGAGAUAUUCUUCCGUAAAGUGAAGUGGGGUAACUUGGAUUUAAAGGGGUGUCAGGCGCUGAAGAGGGCCUUUCUAGUCGAUGUGGAUAUGACGGGGUUCUGGGCGGGCGAAGGAGCUGACGCUGCUUGGGAAAACCAAGGGCGAGAGCAUGGAAGAUUUCCGUGGCGAUUUGAGGUUAUUGGAUGUUGA